AUGACUAGUAGAACCCCCCUGAACACCACUAGGACCUUUAACAACGCACCGUUGGUGACAAAUCACCAUCAACCACGCACCUUCGUUCCGCUCGCUCCGGACCUCCCUUUCGCACCGAACUACGAGCCUGUACCCUCCUAUAUUUCACCAGAGACCUCAGUAUACACCUCCUACCACUCGUACAGUCAUGGGAACGACUCAUCUGGAGCUGGACCUAGUAAUAGCCGCCCCGAAGAUGAGUACGAGGCCGACCUUGCCUCUAUAGUGCAAUUGGCGAACCUUUCAGCCGGCAAUUUGGGAUACGACAACUCGGUCGAAGGCCAGCCUAUAGCUCCCAAUUCGCAAGAUAUAGCCAACAAGACCACUUCUAAAGCACCUACCAAGAGGGCAUCCACUCGGAAGGAGAUUACGGCUGCUAAAUCAGCCCGUAAAGGUCCCCAACAACGACGUAUUCGACAUAACGAGGGUGUAGACCCCUCAACGGCGGCUCAGGCCUCUCAGGCCAUUAUAGAUGGUCAUCUAAGGGCCCCCCGUACCCAGCGAACAUACGCAGGGUACAUGAGGAGGUGUCGGGAGUGGCUAGACGAAUGGAACGCGAAUCGAGCAGAAUCCGAACCGGAUCUUACCGGAGCGCUCGAUGAACUUAGCGAUCGAUCUGCGACCUGUGUACAACUCUACAUCGCUCAUGGAGUGUCAGGGAAGAAUGGUACGAAGCCUCUGAGCAAAGAUACGUGUGAUGGUAUCAAGGCUGCCCUCAAAGCACACUUCCGAACGACGUUCGGAAAUCGUUGUUACGGAGAAACCUGGCAACAGAGGCCAGAUGGUCAGUGGGAAGGGAACCCUAUCUUCGAUGGUCUCGUACAGGACCUCAUGAAGUCGAUCAAGAACCGGGAUGGUCGAAGCAUGGCUAGUGAUCAGUCUCUCCCUCUCCACCUUCCCGAUCUGCUCCACCUCGUCAAGUGGGUGAACUCGCAGUUGGACAUAGAAACGGAUCCGAAGACUCGGACCGAAUGGCUGUUCGCACUUGCGUACAUGACGACAACGUGGUUCCUGUUCUGUCGAAUGGAUGAGAUCCUCAGUCUCCAGGUCAAGGCUAUCGAGGAGAAUGGAUACAGCCCUGCCUAUCCAGGCGAGAGGAUUACUAUGAUUCAUCUGAUGUGGCGAAAGACGAAUCAGCACGAUCCGCGCAAGGGGCAAACGUAUCAGGUGCACCCUCCUCACAAUCCCGACGAGCUCCCUGCGUACUGCUGGACUCACCUUCAGAACUGGGCAAAUCACCUUCGAAAAAUCACCCACCUCGACUUAGCGCCCGAAUACUACUUGUUCCCUGUUAUUACACCUCGAGGGAAUGUAGAUUUCACCAAGAGGAUGCCAGCGAGCUCGUGGCAGGUCAUUUGGGACCGUAUAUUAGAUCAAUCCGGCCUCGCGGCGGCGUAUCCGAACGGUAACUUCACUGGGCACUGUUUCAGACGAGGAGCAGCACAGUGGCGUUUCAGCUUCGAUCCUGCGGGUCGGUGGUCGUUUACAAGCCUUACCUGGUGGGGUGGUUGGGUCGAGGGCGAGUCUGUCGGUACGAUGGCACGGUACCUUCUAGAGAACCUUCUCAAGGUCGAGAGGACCUACGGGGACAUGCACCACCCUCAAAAGAACCCAAACAAAACUGUCAAUCAAGCAGCACCGGGUGAUUUGUACCCAGCGAAAUCGGGAGACAUUCUGGCCGUCCGACAAGAGCAGAAGUCGAUGCAUAGGGACCUCGUACGUGAGAUCGAUAGCCUGAAGGAGUUGUGCAGAGAUCGUAUCGUUACACAGACGCAGGGACCCAAUUCGAUGACGGAAGACGACAAAAACGAUAUUACGAAACAGAUUCUAAAGGGUUUCAAUGACAUGCUGGAGGCUCGUGGUCUCGCACAACCGUUUGAGACCAAUCCUGUGGCAUCAACAUCGACAUCGACAUCGAUGAUACCGGCCGCAUCAAACGGGAGUUCUUCAGUGAAUUCUUCGGUCUUUUCGUCAUUCACUGGACGACUCGAGACGUCCGAAAGGAGGGUCGACGCCAUGCUACAGUGUGCACCGUAUACGAGGGUAGUCACUGCAAACACCACAACCUUCACUGGACCUGUGUUGAGGCUACGACGCAGCGGGGAGAUCAUCGAAAGAGACAAACCCGAAAUCCCCGCACCUGCGGAUGUCAAGGAGGCUGUAAUGCAGUGGUUCUUAGGAGGAUUCCAUCCCCAUCACCCGUACGCACUGCAGGAUUGGCCAAACGAAUGGUGUACGAAAGGGAAGACCAAGGACGAGCUCGCUACGCAGAACGUUUACGUCCAGCGAUCCCGUUUGGGGUCAGCAUACUCUUCGCUCAAUGAAGGAGCAAUGGAUUUCACCGAAGCUGGUUGGCAACGAUUCCAGGCUCGUUAUCCUCAGAAGACGGUCACUGCGGUUCUUAAAGCGGUCAGAGACGAACUCAAGGCGUCGGGGCAGAUCACUGCUCGUAUUAGUCGCAAGCGAAGCGAUCACAGCGAACAGAACUGAACUUGAACUCCGUUUUGUCGAUUUUUCACCUUUUUUCGAAUGUUAUAGCCUGUUGUUCGUGUUUACUAGUUUAUACCCCGAAAUCCUGUUCUGUUUCACCCUGUACAGCUAUUUACUGUGUGU